AUGACAACAGCAUCUUGUUUCCUUUCGUCUCAGGCUAUCCAACAUGAUAAUAUUUAUGGCCUCUCUCAAAUAACUAGCAGCCUUUUUAUCAGUAAUGCUCUGGUCGCUAACGACAAACUCACUCUGUCCAACAACCACAUCACCACGGUUAUCAACGCCUCGGUAGAAGUAGUGAACACAUUCUUUGAAGACAUUCAGUACGUGCAAGUGCCGGUAAGCGAUGCUCCCAAUUCCUACCUCUAUGACUUUUUCGACCCCAUAGCUGAUCACAUCCACGGCGUCGAAAUGAGGAAUGGCCGCACACUGGUGCACUGUGCCGCAGGAGUGAGCCGAUCGGCAGCCCUCUGCCUUGCCUAUCUCAUGAAAUACCACACCAUGACCCUGCUGGAUGCACAUACUUGGACCAAGUCCUGCCGUCCCGUCAUCCGUCCCAACAACGGCUUUUGGGAGCAACUUAUUCAUUACGAGUUCAAGCUAUUUAGUAAGAAUACUGUCCACAUGAUCAACUCUCCUAUGGGUCUGAUCCCUAACAUCUACGAAAGGGAGGCCCAAAUAAUGGAGGCAAUGUGA